AUGAAUGAACUCGGUGAUUGCCGAAAGAGGAGAACAAAGUGCCUAUUCACAAAGGAAGAAGAUGAUAGACUCAAAGAAAUAAUAUGUUGUAUUCCCAAGAACGAGCAAAUCAACUGGGAAGAAGUUGCAUAUCAAAUGCAAACUCGAAAUGCAAGACAGUGCAAAGAAAGAUGGAAUAUAUAUCUUUCAAAUAAUUAUAAUAGAAGCGAAUUUACUAUAGAGGAGAAGUUUAAAAUUUUGCAAUUAAUACAAUUAUUUGGCAAAAAAUGGACGGUUAUUGCAAAAUAUCUAGAUAAUAGAAGUGAUGUUGAUGUCAAGUCUGAGUAUCGAAAAAUGGAGAGAAAUUGUAUUACACUUGAUAAUAUUUUCAUUGUAAAUGAGUUAGAAAAGAAGCGAAAAAAGAAUACUAGGAAAAAAGAAGUUGAAACGGUACCUGUUGACUCAACAGAUGAUCAAGAUAUAUUCCAAGAUUUUAUGGAUUGUGACUUAAUGUUCUGA